CAUUUCCUACCAUUGACUUCCAAUGAUCCCGGUCCCAAGAAGCCUUUCAAUGACGUCUUCCCGCUAGUUUCAUGGAAAUGAAAACACCCACGUAUAUCAGAUCAUGGAUUUAACCGCCAAAUUUUUGCGGUAAUAACUCAUAGGAACCAACCGCUAAAUUUAUGUUAGGCGAAGGCAAUUGAUGACAGACGGAGAUGAUUCUGUCCCAAGGUUAAAUCCACCUGUUAAAAUUAGAACUCCCCAGAGAAAUAGAGAAUUGUAGAAUGAAUCCGUGGAAAGACCUGGGCAGGGUCUUCAAUGGCCUCUCUUUGAUCGCCAAGGAAUUCGUUAAACGCUCCCCACCUCUCAAGUCUGCCAGAACCGGAGAUUUUGAAACCCUAGUCAAGAAAGCUCUGGUUUCAGCCACUGACCUUUCCGGCCUUACUAAGGGAAAGGUUCGCCAAUUCUCAAACCCUGGCUCCUCUAACUCCAAACUCGCCAAUGAUUCCGUUGUUUAUUUCACUGACCCUUCUGACUCGUCCGCAACAAACAGUGAUAAUGCUGGCAAUUUCCGUGCCGAAGAUAAGAUCGCAGUUGCUGAUAAUGGAACUAGCUCCCAAGUGAAGAGUUCGUGUGAAGCUUCUGAUGCCUCCGUUGAUGCAGAUGUAUGUUUGACAUCUAAAAUCAUCGAUGAGGGUAGACAUUGUUCGCCGGGGAAGGAAAGUGAGGCCCAGACCCUGGGUGAAACAGCCAAUGCCGAUGAAUGUGCGAGAGGGGAAGUGGCAAUUGCGCCGCCUCUGAGAAGACGGACGCCCAGGGAGAGGAAAGUUCCUUCAACCUCAUUUUCCAGGGCGCUGGGGUUUGCUGGACUUGGAGCUGGUCUUGCAUGGGGAACACUUCAGGAAUCUGCCAAGAGGCUUGUCUAUGGCAGACCUAGUUCACAGGACAAUCAAUCUGCGCUGUCCCCCUUUUUGUCCGAAAAGAAUGCAGAAAGAUUAGCUCUGGCAUUGUGCAGAAUGCGUGGAGCAGCACUCAAAAUUGGACAGAUGUUGAGCAUACAGGAUGAAUCUCUUGUUCCUGCUCCGAUCCUUACUGCAUUAGAAAUUGUCCGUCAAGGUGCAGAUGUUAUGCCAAAGAGCCAACUUAAUCAAGUUUUAAAUGCUGAGUUGGGUCCUGACUGGACCUCAAAAUUGAUUAGUUUUGAUUAUGAGCCAAUGGCCGCUGCAAGUAUUGGCCAGGUGCAUCGGGCUGUCUCAAAGGAUGGCAUGCAAGUUGCCAUGAAAAUUCAGUACCCUGGUGUUGCAGAUAGCAUCGAGAGUGACAUUGAGAAUGUGAAACUUCUUCUAGAUUAUACAAAUCUGAUUCCUGAAGGACUUUAUCUUGACAGAGCUAUGAAGGUUGCUAGAGAAGAAUUGUCUCGUGAAUGUGAUUAUGAGUUGGAGGCAGCAAAUCAGAGGCGAUUCCGAGAUAUGCUUGCAGGCAGAGAAGGAUUUUACGUUCCAUUAGUUGUGGAUAAUAUUUCAAGGAAAAGAGUUUUAUCUACAGAACUUGUUUCUGGAAUUACCGUUGACAAAGUGGCAUCACUGGAUCAGGAAACACGAAAUUAUAUUGGGAAAAAGUUGUUGGAACUCACUUUGUUGGAGUUAUUUGUUUUUCGAUUUAUGCAGACUGAUCCUAAUUGGGGCAAUUUCUUGUAUAAUGAAGCCACUAAGUCGAUCAAUCUCAUUGAUUUUGGAGCAUCACGGGAUUACCCAAAAAGAUUUGUUGAUGAUUAUUUAAAAAUGGUUCUAGCAUGUGCUAAUCGCGAUAGUGAUGGCGUCAUCGAGAUGUCCAAGAGACUUGGGUUCCUCACUGGAAUGGAAUCAGAGGUGAUGUUAGAUGCCCACGUUCAAGCUGGGUUUGUGGUUGGAACGCCAUUUGCAAAGCUUGGUGGGUUCGACUUCCGCGCAAGCAACAUCACUCACAGCCUUUCGCACCUAGGCGGAACAAUGCUGAAGCACAGGCUGACGCCGCCUCCUGAUGAAGCCUAUAGUCUGCACAGAAAGCUUUCGGGUGCGUUUUUAGCUUGCAUUAAGGUUGGAGCUGUCGUCCCUUGUCGGGAACUAUUAUUAGAAGUAUGCGAGCAACAUCAGUUCGGUGAUGAAGGCAGUGAAAUAACUCCAGGCGUCUCCAUGUCUUCAUAGGCAUUAUUUUUUCUCCAUUAGAUUUUUCUGACUGGUAAUAAUCCGGGGAGCAUCCGUGCUCCUUUCGAGAAUGUUAAUUUUGAUUGAGUAAUUUUUUGCCGGGAACACCCCCCGG